AAAACCCGCCAAUCACAACUUCCACCCAUGUGUGAGUGAAUCCUACGGUGUGAUCGUUUGCAGACGCGUCAGGAAUAAAUAGUUUUUCCUGAUUUGGUUUGUUAGCAGCGGGUUGAAGCCGCCGGCCUCAGUGCAGACAUGGCAGAAGUGGUUCAGCAGCGGAUCGAGGACAGGAUCCCUGAGCUGGAGCAGCUAGAGAGAGUGGGACUGUUCACCAAGAAAGAAGUCAAAUCUAUUAUUAAGAAGGCUACAGCUCUUGAGUACAAACUGCACAGGCUGAUAGUGAACAAGGAAGACUUCAUUGCUUAUAUCCAGUAUGAAAUCAAUGUGUUGGAGCUGAUCAAGAAAAGAAGAGCACACAUACACUACCAGUUCAAACGAGAGGAGAUUGAAUUCCCCAUCAUCCACAGAAUAAACAGCAUCUUCAGAAGAGCUACAAAGAAGUGGAAGGACGAUGUGCAGCUGUGGCUCUCACAUGUCGCUUUCUGCAAGAAAUGGGCAACCAAAGCUCAGAUCAGCAAGGUGUUCUCAUCUUUACUGGCUAUCCACCCUGACAAGCCAGCGUUGUGGAUCAUGGCUGCAAAGAGCGAGCUUGAAGAUCGAAAUUCAUCAGAGAGUGCCCGACACUUGUUCCUGCGAGCUCUGCGAUUCCACCCUGACAAUAAGAAAGUCUACCAGGAGUACUUCCGUAUGGAGCUGCUGCACUGUGAGAAGCUGAGGAAGCAGAAGGAAGAGCUGGAGAAAGCUGAUAUGGAUCUGGGUGAAUAUGAGUUUUCUGCAGAGAUCCUCAGUGGUAAACUGGCUGAGGUUGUUUACAGAAACGCUACAGAAAAAAUCAAAGAGGCAGAAUUUGUGAUCUCACUCCUGAACAUAGCAACCAUCUUUGACUUUACCAAAGAUCUCCAAGACUCUAUCCUGCAUGACUUACAGGAAAACUACACAGAGGACAGCUUGACGUGGGAUUUCAUGGCUAAAAGGGAGUUGGAGGCUCCUGUUGUUGGCGAGGAGCUCCAAACCGCUAAAGGCCGGGCUUCGGAUAUUAACCGCAGAGAGGAGCGCUCCUGCCAGGUCUAUGAGGAAGGCCUUAAGAGCCUCAACACUGAGCCCAUGUGGACUCGAUACGUGGCUUUCUGCUUGGAAAGACACAAGAGGAAAACCAACGUCCAGGAACUGAAGGAAAAUAGACGGGAGAGGCUGCUGGGAGUUUUACAGCGUGCCCAUGAUUCCUCACUGCUGAAGGAGACUUAUUACAAAAACUGGCUGGAGAUCCUGCUGUCAUUGGAGGACGCCGAGGGGGCAGCCGCCGUGGCCUUGUCCGCCACCCAGCGCUACAGCCAAUCAGUGUCGGUGUGGAGCAUGAGUCUGCAAGUGUUAAUGCAGCUGGAGAGAGGAGACAUGGCCAAACUGUUCCAAAACGCUCUCACACAUGUUAAUCCCAAGGAAAUUCUACCGCUGUUGCAGCUGCAGCUCCAGUGGAGCAUGGCCAACCAAAGUGCUGAAGAGACAGAGGCUAUCUUCAAGAGAGGUUUGCUGUCCUCUGUCCCAGCUAUUGCCAUGGAGAUUAAAGAGCUCUACCUCAAUUGGUCUUACUCAGUUGGAGGCUAUAAAAAAGCCAGAAAGACCUUUACAAGCUUACAAGAAAAUCGACCUUUGUCCAAGAGGUUUUUCACCCAAAUGAUUCAAAUUGAGAAGGAACAAGAGACCCCCAAGAUGAACCAUCUGAGAGACUAUUAUGAGAGGGCGCUGCAGGAGUUUGGCAUCGAAGAUGAUGACCUGUGGCUGCAGUACAUCCAGGAGGAGAUGGGAGCGCUCGGCCAGCCGCAAAACUGCGCAAAGAUCCACUGGAGAGCCAUGAAGUUCCUGGAGGGGGAGAGCGUGGAGAGGUUCACCUCCAAAUACACUCUGCUUCAGACCGGACACUUGUGAAGGAACAUGGGGAGACGCAGCCAAACA